AUGUGUACAUCCAACUACUACAUCCCAACAGCCCAAGCCAUCAGCAUCCUAGGCUGUGCCCUCCUCUCAGGCACCCUCCUCUCCCUCUCUCUCUUCACAAUCCCAACCCUCACCCUCCCACCCCGACCAUCACCCUCCUCCCCAAUAAACAUCCAUCCAACCCCCUUUGCUCCACCCCCUCAUCUAACCCACCAAUGGCUCUAUACCUACAAAAACACCCAACGUAUUCUCUCCCCACUAGCCACAGUCACCUUCACAGGCUACACAUACCUAGCCUGGUGUCUCCGGAACGACCCCACUGCACGAGGCAAAUGGUAUCUUCUCGCCUGCGCGGUGAUGGUGGGUAUGUUUUUCUGGAAUCAUGUGGUAAUGAGGGGUGUUAAUGGGAGGCUUGAGGGGCAUGCGAGGAGGGAUGAUAAGGCGAGGGCGGAGGGGGCGGAGGGGAUGAAGAUGAGUGAGCAGGAAGUGGCGAAGAGAGGGAGGGAGGAUACGAAUGCGUCGAAGGGGUUGAGGUUGUGGAUUUUGUUGAAUGGGGUUAUGGCGAUGUUUCCAUUGGGUGCGGCGGGGGUUGGGUUUUGUGCUGGGAUGUAG